GUUGCUCGCGCCCGCACAGGUGGUAGCUUUUAUCGACCAAGAGGGUCGAGGCCUCAGCUAGCUGGGGGCGCAGUCAUGCCCCGGUAUUACGAAGACAAGCCAGAGGGCGGUGCCUGCGCGGGCGUGAAGGAGGACCUGGGCGCAUGUCUGCUGCAGUCGGACUGUGUGCUCCAGGAAGGAAAAUCCCCUCGGCAGUGUUUGAAGGAAGGAAACUGCAAAGCUUUGCAAUAUUCAUUUUUUGAGUGUAAAAGAUCAAUGUUGGAUGCCAGAUCAAGAUUCAGAGGAAGAAAAGGAUAUUGAUACCAGUUUGCUGAAAGCAAGAUGAAAACAACAAAGGAUUUUCUUUGAUCAUUAACUAACACAGCUGCCAAAAUAGGAAACAUAUUUUUUGCUACAUCUGUUUGUUUGGAUCAGUUUUUCCCUCAAUAGAAUACAGGAUAAAAUGGAAGAAUUCUGUCUUUGAAUAUGUACAAAGUAAACAAUUCUCUUGGUUGAAGUUACUUUCAGAAGAUAAAUUUAAUUGAAUAACCAUGGGCUGGGAACUUAAUGUGUUUUGAGAAUUAUCCUAAAGCACAAAGAAUGUUAGUUUCAAACUUUACUCUUCAAAUUAGUUUGUGUAACUGUGAGGCCACUUGAUGUGACUCACACAAUCAGUAAAGUGGAUCCUGUCAAGAUGAUGUUUAUUGGGAAAGUUUAGGAUAAAACUUUAAUUCAAUCCUUCUAUUUAGUUCUAAACUGUUUGUGCUUGAUUCUGUAGAAAUGCUUCAUGGGCACUGAUUCACUGAAGCAACAAACUCAAACUUUAAAAUCCUCCAUAGCAUAGCUGGAUGCCAGGCCUCAGGUGAUGUUGCCAGGUCUCUUUACUUCCAUCUCUUGACUCUUUUUCUGUUUCUUGGUCUCAUUUUCAGGCUGGCCCUCUCCACUUAAUGGACCAGUGCCAGCCAUAAGCCCACGUCCUUAAAAUCUGUGACCUAAAAAGGGAGAACAAGAACUUUCCUCUCCAGGGUCCACAAAUCAAACUCUACUGAAGGAGCCUGGUCUUCCUUGAAUCACCUGCCCUUGCAUUUGACCCGAGAUCUUGGUGAGACCUGGGUUGUAUGCACAGUACUUGAUAACUCCCAUCAGGGUCUCUUUAGAUGAGUGAUGGCCCUCAUCCCUAAAGGAAAGGAUUUGGAGAAAACAACAGAUAUUCACUAUAGAUGACAAGUGUGAAAGACAUGCAGUGGUUGAAAAGUUUAGGAUUACAGUAGUUUUAUUCUGGUCACUUAACAAAAUAGAGAACUAAAUAGGAAUCCAAGUUCCCAACUUGCAGUUUGGCAGUGAAGAACAAUGACAAACCAUACCUUCUUUACACUUCCACAGUUCCCUGGAGUAAAGCAGUCCAGGCAUUAUGUGGCUCACAUGCUGUUUAAGAAGUUCACCUAAAGUUCUAAGAAUGUCCCAGAAUAUCACUGAGGUCUGCUGUGUGUACUGCUGUCCACUGGGAAAGGGAAAAUGAUAGAUUUCUUCAAUACUAUUGCAUAACUAUUUAAGUACUAUAACCCUUUUGUGUAUGUGGUGCUAAAGAUCCAGUCUUGUGCAUGCUAGGCAAGUGCUUUACCAUUGAGCCACACCCAUAACCCCAAGUGGCACAGCUUUUAUUAAAAGUAAUUUUGAUAAGAAAGUGUCUAAAAUAUAUUUGUAUAAAACCUCAUCUUUUUUGGUAACAGCUUUAUUGAGAGCUUUCUUUGGAGAAAUUCAUAUGCCACAAAAUUCACCCUUACAAUUCAGUCAUUUUUAGUGUAUCAGAGUCCAGUCAUCACUAUUCCCUAAUUCCAAAACAUUUUCAUUACUCUAAGGGGAAACUCAUGCCUAUUACCAAAGUCUCCUCAUUCGCUCUUCUCCACUGCCCCUAGCAACCAUAAUCUGCUUUCUUUCUGUAUAAGGUUUGUCUAUUCUAGACCUCCUAGAUAAAUGGAAUUAAAAAUGGCCUUUUGUGACUGGUUUCUUUCACUUACCAUAAUGGCUUCCAGGUUUAUCCAUAUGUAGCAUCUAUCUGUACUUGAUCAUUUAUUGCCAGGUGGUAUUCCAUAGUAUAUAUGCACCGUAUUUUACUUAUUCAUUGCUUGAUGAACUGGCUUAUUUCCACUUCAGAGCUAUCAUUGCCCUAAAUGCCAUGGACAUUUGUGAACAAGUUUUGUACUGACAUGUUUCAUUUCUCUUGAGAACAUAGCUAACAGUGGAAAUUAUAGGGUUGGAUAACAUUUUUAUUUCAAUGAACUGUCAAAAAUUUCCUUGCACUACCACUUUGCGUUCCCAUCACAAUGUGCAGGGGUUCCAGGAUCUUCACAUCAUCACCAACUGUUGUUCAUUCUGAUUACAGUUAUUCCACUGGGUAUGAAGUGAUAUCUCAUUGGUAUUUUGAUUUGUAUUUCCAUAAUGACUCGUGAUCUGAGUGUAUUUUCAUCUGUUUAACUGGCUGUCUCUAUGUCAUUUUUGGAGAAAUGUCUAUUCAAGUCCUUAGUCCAGUUUUGAGCAGGGGUUUCUUUUUACUAUUAACUUGCAAGCAUUCUUUGUAUGUUGUAGAUACUAGUCCUCUAAAAGUAAGUAAUUAGCUAAUUUUCCUCCCCCAGUUCGUGGUUGGUCUUUCACUUUCAGGUUGAUGUUCUUUGAAGCACAAUUUUAAUUACGAUGAAUUAUUUUUUUCUUUUGGUGUGUCUAAAAAACUGUUCUUAAUCCAAGCUUAUAUUUAUUCCUAUGUAUGUUAAGAGUUUUAUAAUUUAACCUCUUCCUGUAGGUCUGUGGUUCAUUGUUAAAAUAAUUUCACAUAUCUUUGUUAAUAGCCAUGUUUUAAAUUUUUUUGGUGUGCUGGAAACCUGGGGCCUUGCACAUGCUAGAAAAGUGUUCCACCACUGAACUGCAUCUCCAGCUCCUACAUUUUUUUAUUGUGGAAAAUACACAUAACAGAAUUCACCAUCUUAACCAUUUUCAAUGUACAGUUCAGUAGUGUUCAGUAUAUUCAUACUAUUAACAGUCUUCAGAAGUACUCACUUAUCUCACAAAAUGGAAUCUACUCAUCACUAAGCAACAUCCCCACCCAUGCCCAAGGCAUCCCUCUCACCCCUG